CUGACCACGACCGUUGCAAGGUGCCGUGACCGGAGUGUUAGAGGUCGUCGUUUGCUAAUCACGCAGGCUCGGCCACCGCAGUAACGCUUGACGAUCAACACAAGAAACACAAAAACGGAUGAGGGACAUCAAGGACGAAAGGCGGGCAUGUCGAGCGUGGGAGCACGAACGUAAGGCACGCACGCUUCCUAGGAACCAUGCCAAACAUGCAGCUAGUGAGGACGCUCCGGGUGGCUUAUGCUUUUGGUGGAGGGUGGGCACUUUAGGUUCCCACGCGAUGCCUCAUUCGGGUUACAUGUACUACAGGUUUUUGGAACAGCACGAGCUAGCAUGAGC